AUGUCUUCUGAACAACAAGCAAAACAACUUAUUUCGAAAGCACAAGAUAAGCUCAAGUCUUGGUCUUUCUUUAGUGCUUCUAAUAAACAUGAAGAAGCAGCUGAACUUUAUGAAAAAGCAGGCAAUAUGUUCAAACUUGCACAACAAUGGAGUGCUUCUGGUGAUGCCUUUAUAGAAGCUGCCAAACUAUUUGAGCAAGGUAAAUGUGCUAAAUUUGAAGGUUCAAGAGCUUUUGAAAGUGCAGCCAAGAGUUAUAAACGAGUGGAUCCUGCUGCUGCUGUGUCUGCCUUGAGAGAAGCAGUUAAGUUGGAUCAAGAAGGUGGUAAUUUCAGACAAGCAGCAAAGCAUUAUCAAGAAAUAGCAGAGAUAUGUGAAUCCAGUGAACUCGAACGUCCUUUGGAAGCCAAAGAAGCAUAUGAAAAAGCAGCUGAACUCUUUCAUGCAGAUGAUUCUCCUGCACUUGCCAACAAAUGCUUGCUUAAAGUAGCUCAGAUGUCUGCUGAAUUAGGAGACUACCCUACUGCAAUUGAGAAAUUUGAAACAGUGGCAUCAGCAGCUAUUGAUGAUCCUUUGCUAAAAUGGUCAUUAAAAGAGUACUGUUUCAAGGCAGGUCUGUGUCAUCUAUGUACUGGUGAUAUGGUCAAGACAACACAAGCACUUUCAAAUUACUGUAAUAUGGACAUGUCUUUUGAAUCUACGCGUGAAUAUAACUUACUUAAGGGAAUCAUUGAAUGCAUUGAUCAGGGUGAUAUUGAUCAUUUCAGUCAACUUGUAUAUGAUUAUGACAAAUUGACAAGAUUAGACCCUUGGAAGACUGCUGUCUUAUUAAAGAUCAAGAAGGGUAUGGAAUCAGAUGAAUUACGCUAA